CUAUACUCACCACGUUCAUGGAACACAAGUGAACGACUGACUGAAUCAUAUGUUCGACUUCGGAUUUGUAAUCAUUAUCAUUUCUACACUUAGCCGACUUCGGAAAUUUUUUUAUCAAAAUUUUACCAAUAAAAUAAUGUGAAAUUUUAAAGGUGAAAAAUGAAGGAUGUGGACGAGUGUUUUUUAAGUAAAUUGAAAACGUUUGAUGGCGUUGUCCUAUCCGAUGACGCUUCUUCUUCUGGACUAUGUAGUAACGUAAAUUUUUACAUAGAUAAUAAGGAAAACUUUGCGGAUUUUUUAAAACACCUAAAAAGAGAUGGCUACGAGUUCAGCAAGAGAAAUUCUCGCUGUUUGGAAGGUUCUGUGCAAACUGAAAUAAAUGCAUUAGAUGUAAAAAUCCCAUACUUUGAUCAUCCUUUCGUAAAAGUUCAAACCUCCUACUAUGAAUGCAGUCACGGUGCGAAGUAUUUUAAAUCAAAAAAUGAUAAUGUGCAACAUCAAGAUCAUCCGGUUUGUAAAAAAAAGAAAAGAUUCCGAAUUCAAGACACGAAAAAAAUGAACUGCCCUGUUGUUAUGAAAGUGACUCGAAUUGUAUAUUUCCCCAAAGUUGAAUUGAAAAAAGAUGUUAGCUCUUUUAAAAGGAAAAAAACCAAGAUGAUGAACGAAGUACGUAGAGUAUUGCAACUGUCCGGUGAUAAAAAUGGUGAACUGGAGGGUAAAGAACGGUAUUACUGCACGUUUUCGUUGCCAAGCAAUCACAAUCAUCCGAUAAUGACCGCUUAUUUGAAUCAAAAAUUGGACCCUUCCAUCCAAGAAGAGAUUAAAAAACUUGUCGAAAAUGGUAUAACAAAUACGUACUUCGUGAAAGCUGCCCUGAAGAAGUUUGUAUCUGAAAUGCCAAAUGGAAAUAGCAUACCUCGGAUGUCUAAAGCGUUCUACCCAUCCAUUAAAAUCAUUUCCAAUUACAUCGCUAAAUUUACGUUGGAAAAUCGAGUAAGCAACAUCGAUCAAGUUGCAUUGCAAUCAAAAGUGAAUAAAUGGGAAAAGAACAAGUCCUGCAGUAUUUUCUACCGUCCGCAUGAUACUGAGAAUGAUUUUUUACUUUGCUAUCAAACUACAUGGCAGAAACAACUAUUGAAAACGUUCGGUGGAAUCACUCUUCUAGAUGCAACUUACAAAACUGUGAAAUAUGCCCUGCCAAUGUUUUGUAUUGCUGUCAAAACGAAUGUAAAUUAUUGUAUCGUCGGAAUGUUUAUCACGCUCUCGGAAUCUUCUGAGAAAAUAAAGGAGGCUCUCGAAAUAUUUAAAUCAUGGAACCCAGAUUGGAAUCCAGAAUAUUUUGUAGUCGAUUAUUCGGAAGCGGAAAUUAAUGCUAUAAAAUCGGCAUUUGGAUGCUACAUUUACCUAUGUGACUUCCACCGAGAACAGUCCUGGGGAAGAUGGACAAAAAAACGUGAUAAUUUAGAUUAUGCUUCCGAUGAAGAUGAAAUUAUGGCGAUUUUUAGAGCAUUUGCGAACUGCAAAAGUAAGUCAGAAUUUGAGGAGAAAAUUGAAGAUCUCAAAUCUAAUGACGUGUUUAUUCGAAACCCAAAAGCACUUCGUUACUUCGAAAAUACCUGGUUGCCUGUCAAAGAAAUGUGGAUAAGGUGCUUUUUUCCUGAUGAAUUUGUAUUUAAAAUUUCCACGAAUAAUGGGAUCGAAUCGCAAUUUAAAAUGCUAAAAUACGGAUACCUAAAAGUUCGUAAUGUAAACACCUUAAGCGAGUUAAUGACGUUAAUGAUUGAAGAAGUUUUCUACGAUUUGCUGAAUAAAUACACCCAAAAGAACUCGUCGCUUUAUCAUGGUUAUAAACUGUAUAACAAAGAGAUUCCUCAUUUUCUUCAAAACCGUCCGAAGCCAUUUAUCAAACACGUCUGUAAACGAUAUGACACUGCUGAAGAGUACUCUUAUGAUUCAAUUCUCUUUGAAGGUGGAAAAUUGAAAGUUCGUAGCAAAAUGAAUCCUCUUACUCUUUAUGAAGUAGAUUUUACCAAACCAUCUUGUAAUUGUGAAGAUUUUUGGCGAUACCGGCUUCCAUGUGUACAUUUCUGUGCAGCUUUUCUAUACUUACCGCAUCUGCUCUCUUUUGAAGAUUUGCCUGAAACGUAUCGAAACUCUCCAUACAUCACGAUCAAUAAGGAUUUCAACCUAUUUGAAAAUCAACCACAAUGCGAUUGGAAUGCUGAAGCUCAUUCGAAUUACCAGUCUAUUGAAUGUUGUACUAAUACUGCAGAACUUGGCUCGGAUAACAUGACGAAGAAUACAAAUGUGUUCGUUGAAGAAGUUUCCUCAGUUAAUGUGAAUGAGAAAAACCAAGCUCAAGACGAUGUUGAAAAUAAAAAGAAAGAAAAAAAAAUUCGUAAUAUCCGAGAAAUCUGUAAAAUGUUGAUCGAUAAGACAUAUAACAUGAGUUAUGAACAUGAUAAAGUUCAAGUAAUUGAAACGUUGCUUCAAGAAGUUGAUGUAAAAAUGAACGAGUUACAAUCCUUUGAAUUUUUACCUCUACGAAGUAUUGAAAACAAGAAAAGAGGACCAGGAUCACAGCUGCGAGACCUACCUAAACGAAAACGAUUGAAGAAAACCAAAGCUGCCGGUGAAAAUGAUGCUAGUGCUAUUGCAAUGAAUCUAGUUAUGGAGGAAGCUACACCAGUGCUGAUUGAAAGCACUUUAAUCGAUAAUAUAUUAGUCUAAUCCGCAAUAUGUUAGUCUUGUCUCUUAUAAGUUGAAACGUUAUAUUUUUUAGUUACUCAACUCUAGUAAUAGACAUCAAACAAACUAUUUUAUUAUACUCACUUAUUAUAGGUACCUUAAGAUUUAAGAAUGAUUAAUUCUAAUC